UUGGCCGCCAGAACUGUAGCUCAGGAAAGGUACACAGGCGGCCAAUCACGGGUGAGGAGGCGGAGCCGAGCGGACCCGCGAAAAUCGAGUGAGGGAAAAGCCGGUAAGUGUGCAGUGCAGAGGGGUCAGCAAGUGUCAUUGGUGUCAGUGGGAGGAAUAGUGCCCUAUCAUUAGUAUCAGUGGGAGGAAUAGUGCCGCAUCAUUGGUGUCACUGAUACUAAUGAUGGGGCAUUAUUCCUCCCACUGACACCAACGAUGGGGCACUAUUCCUCCCAGUGAUACCAAUGAUGGGGCACUAUUCCUCCCACUGAUACCAAUGAUGGGGCACUAUUCCUCUCACUGAUAUCAAUGAUGGGGCACUAUUCCUCCCACUGACACCAAUGAUGGGGCACUAUUCCUCCCACUGACACCAAU